UAAUCAGUGUAGCGUGACUCCAGCCCGGUAGGUGGCGGUGGCGUGAGGAGGCAGCCGACGCUUGAAAAAAACAAACGAAGGACACCGGAACUUCAUUAGGAAACCCUCUUGAACAGCAGCACGAUCAGCUGGUGAACAUGGGUCGCCACUUCGGAGACCUGGCCAAGGUCAGGCAUAUAAUCACAUACAGUCUGUCCCCCUUUGAGCAGAGGGCUUUCCCCAACUAUUUCUCCAAGGGAAUUCCCAAUGUGUGGAGACGGUUCUCAACCUCUUUCUUUAAAGUUGCCCCCCCCAUGAUUCUCAUGUACCUGACAUACAGCUGGGGCAACAGUGUCCAUCAGCAGAGCAAGAGGAAGAAUCCUGCUGACUUUGAGAACGAUGAAUGAACUCCUCACACCUUUCUGAAAGCUGCUCUGUUAUUAUUUCCAGCUCUGUAUGUUUCACCAAUAAAGAUGAAAAUAUUUGAAAAUCA